CGGUAUAAUGGCAGUAUAUAAAAUGGGCCUAGACUCUGUUUCUGAGAGAUCCAGACUGAGUCGCUUACCCUAACAAAGACGAAUAAGCGCCUCUCUCUCUCUCUCUCUCUCUCUCUCUCUCUCUCUCUCUCUCUGUCGCUCGCUUUCGUCAACCACCCAAGCUCUGCCUCUAAACCCAACAAAGUUCUCAAAAACACCAUAUCCAUACAUUAAGAUGUCUGAGUGGGCUGAUCUUCCACAUGAUAUCCUCAUUGAAAUAAUGCGCAGACUAUCUUUCUAUGAUGAUUUUGUCAUGUUUGGUGCCACUUGCAAGUCAUGGCAAAGUGUUUGUUCAUUGGAAAACCUUCCAUUAUCUCCUAGGUGCCCUUGGCUUAUGCUUGCUGAAGAUAAUGAACAAAGAAACCCUACACGUGUCUUUGUCAACUUAUUUGAUAAUAAAGUCUACAACUUCAGAUUGCCUGAGCUUGUUCGAAAAAAAUGUUUUGGAACGUCUUUUGGAUGGUUGCUCAGUGUAGGCACCGAUUUUCAGAUGAAUCUCUUCCAUUCAUUGUCUAAACACCUAUUAAGUCUUCCGCCCCAACCAAAUUUUGAGGAUCUAGAUCAUCAUGAUGAUGAUUUCAAGAUAAUCUUUGUUGACAAGUGUGUUUUGUCAAGGAAUCCGUGGAACUUAGUAACUCAUGAAUAUGAGGGUGAUUGCAUAAUCAUGGUUAUUUAUUGUAAUAUUAAGACACUGGCCUUCACUAGACCGGGAUAUAAAGUUUGGAUUGACAUAAAAAGUCAUUCUCGAUGUUUUGAUGACAUUGCAUUCUACAAGGGAAACUUUUACGCCGUAGACUGUCAUGGUGAAGUUUUUAUUUGUCACAUUGAUGAUGAUAAUGCAUUCACUAAAUCUGUUACGCCACGUCUAUUGGGAACUAGAGCUGAUAUGCAAAAGUAUCUUGUUGAAUCAUUGGGAGAACUUUUGUUGGUUUCACGCAAACUAAAAGGUAAUUUAUAUGCGGAGGAUGAUAUGGAUGAAACACCUUAUAUGACAACUGGGUUCACAAUUCUAAAAUUAGAAUGUUCUAUUGAAGGGAAAGGCAAAAAUGAAUACAAGUGGGUGAAUGUUGACAACUUGGGUGAUCAAGCAUUGUUUUUGGGUUGCAAUUCAUCAGUGUCUUUGUCUGCAUCAAGCAUCAAUGGAUGCAAAGCUAAUUGUAUCUAUUUUACGGAUGACAAUAUUGAAUUUUAUUUAGCGACCUCAAAUGGUGGGGGAUACGACAUGGGUGUAUUUAACAUGGAAGAUGGAAAAACUGGACAGCAUUACCAAGGCGAAUCCCUCUCUUACUAUUCUACUCCAACCUGGUACAUUUAACUUACGUCUGUAGGUUUAAGUAAUUGAAGCUAGUGAAUGUGUGCAAAGACCUAUCGUUGUUCUUUGGUCUCUUAUU